AUGGCUGAGCAAAACUGUAUGUGUCCCGGAAGCGCGCUCGCGUCGAUGGCACACCACCUCCUGCUGGGCUUUAUCCUGAUCAUCAAGGUCGUCCUGGCAUUCCAAACGACGCCUCGUCAGAAUUGCUUGGACCUCCUCCAGCAUACAGCCCUGCGCCUGAUUAUCGGUCUACGGCACCUUCGACUCCUCUUGUCCGGCCUUUCCAUCGAACUGAACCUUCACAAGCAUCUGCUGCUGGCUCACCUACAGGUCUCCAAGAUCAUGGAUACCAGAAUCCAAUCGAAGCAUAUUCACGGAGACCGCCAGAAAAUUCUCCUCCUGAUCAUCAUCGGCCGCGAUCAUCCCAUCAGGAUGCACAAAUACCUCGUAGGCUUCGACCUCACCAAAGUCCUGUAA